AUGAGGAUCCAUUACCUGCUCUUUUUCCUUUUCUUCUUGUUCCUGCUGCCUAUUCCAGGUGAAAGUGGGUUGCUGUCACGAAUAAGCAGCCUGAUCUGCAAAGUGAGGAAGGGCAAAUGCAGAACUAUUGCAUGUACCAGCAAAGAAGAAAAGAUUGGGACCUGUUCCCUCGGCCGCCGAAAAUGCUGCCGCAAGAAGAAAUGA